CUUUUGAUAAACUGAAUAUUUCUCUGUGAGUCUUUCUCUGUGAAUCUUUGUGAGUAUUUCUCUGUGAGUCUUUCUCUGUGAGUCUUUGUGAGUAUUUCUCUGUGAGUCUUUCUCUGUGAGUCUUUGUGAGUAUUUCUCUGUGAGUCUUUCUCUGUGAGUCUUUGUGAGUAUUUCUCUGUGAGUCUUUCUCUGUGAAUCUUUGUGAGUCUUUCUCUGUGAGUCUUUGUGAGUAUUUCUCUGUGAGUCUUUGUGAGUAUUUCUCUGUGAGUCUUUCUCCGUGAGCUACAUCUCAGUAAUAAUUCAGCUGAGGCCUAUACUUCCUGGAUCUUUCUUUGCCGUUUGACAGUUUUUUUCGUUUCUCACGUCAGUAGAAGCCGACGGUCUCUUUCUUGGAUUGAUGUUAUGUUGGAUUGUUAUUGUUACGUAGCUCCGGUUUUCUUGCUGGUCCCUGGUGCUUGGCACAUUUUCCUGCUCUGUUCAGGUUGAACCCGUUGUGUUGCUUUGCCUUUUGAAAGGCUUAUGGUCACAAAAAAAAUGAGUGGAAAGCAGAGUUUGAGGAAUCAUGGGCUGGUUUUUAAUAUCACAGCUGGAAUGAACAUCGUGCAAUGGCGGAAACGUUCAACAAAUAGAGCUAAAUGGGAGGAAGCCAUUCCAGGUAGUGUUGAGUCUGCUGUGAAAACUUUGAGGGAAGUACAUUUGUUUAUUUAGCUGAAGCGACAUACAGAUGAGGAAAUUGUGGGGUCAGACUGUGAGAGCACAGUGUCUGCCAACAUGCAGCACUCCUGGCCAAAAGGUUAAAAACCCACAACCUACUGGAUGCGGGCACACUUUACUGGUUAUCAUUAUCGUUUGUGUGCUUCUCCUGUCCCGGAGCUGGAUCUCACUAGCCACUCUGGACAUUACUUCUAACUUUUUUUUUUCUUUUGGUAACUAGGAUUUGCUUGAGCAAAAAUGUCAGUAACCCUUAAACUGAAAUGAAUAGUAACUCUUGUGUUUACAGCAACGUAUGAUUCUAAAUUUGCCCAAUAAGUGUAUAUAAGGCAUAAAAUUCUGAAUUUACUGUCCAUAAAAGGAUAUAUCCUUUCACUGCCUGCUAAAAACCGUGAUGGAAAGUGGCACAUUUCAGAGUGACCUUCACGUGAAGGUUUGUGUAAUGAUUUACACAGUUACUUGACCUUGGGUUUCUGUAUAAUGUGGUGGAGUACAAUUGUUUUUUUUUUAGCUCUUUCUGGAGCUAUUUUUAAUUGUGCAGCGAAAAAAACCGAAACAGAAAAGUGCAAAUGUGGCAUCGUAACAGUGACGAAGGCCAGUUCUGUGGGUAUUCUCUUGUUUAUCGUCUUUCUCUCAUUUCCGCCGGCCGCCAGUUCCUUGGGCCCCGAAGCCCGUAUGAAUGUGAUAGCUUGGUAUCUCACACGCGUUGAUAAGCAGCCAUGUUUUGAAGGGCACUAGGGUGAUUCAGUGUGAUCAGAGUGAUCUCAGGAGCCUUUACCAAGCUGACCACACCCUGACUUCCUCUUUCCCGCUGAGGAUUCUUUACAUUUCUGAAGAACAGUUGCUGGGGGGGGGGGGGGGGGGGGUGGUCUCGAAUGAAUUGCACUUCAGUCCGAAGGUUCCUGUCUCCAGAUGCAGCUGCUGCCUGCUUGGCGGCCUCUAUGGAGACCGGCUCCGUGGGGAUGAAAUCCUGCUGCCUUGCACCACUUAAACCACGAUGUCUCUUACACUUUGCACCUCUCAGAUAUCUUGCGUUAGAUUUUUGUCACAACGCUCGAUCUUCCUGCCUGCAGAACGUGCCAGAGCUACGGCAAUCAACACUUUCCAUCACGUCCGAUGGAACCUCCUUGCCUGAGAGGUGCAGCGUUAUGAGUCGCUGGUUGGCCGCGAUAAUUGCCGACAUAAAUAAGUCAGGAUUCCGUCUCUUAUAAGCUGCUCCUCCGCUUAUCAGACGCAGGUCACCUCAGGGGCAUCGGAAGCAUCCCAGAUGCUCCUGGCUGCUGUUAAACUGUAGCCUUAUCUGUUUGCACGCUGGGUAAUUAUUAAAAAAUUUGCUCUCCAAAAUGGAUCCCGUGAAAGAGGAAUGCGGUUUUCCAUAGAAACCCCCUGUCACUUCAUCAGUCCAUCAAAGUGUCGACCUCUAAGGUCGGUUCCUUUGCAUAGCAUCUCCUGAUCUUGCGUUUGAACGAUGGCGUGCGGGGUCUGGCCUGCCUUUCCCUGACGCAUGUGGUCUAUGGGAAAUGUAGCCUGAAUGUCUGGCUUGUGCUUAAACUCUUUUAAUGCUGGUCCUCAGUCGGAUCCUUGUGUUGUUCUGACACAUGCGAGAUGAGGGCUUCUGGAAAUUACGGCUGCCUCCAGGCUUUCCCAAUUCUUCACACAUUCCAGGGGCUGACCCUGAGUGCCCGUGGCCAAACCGCCUCCUUGCUGGUAUUCAGCCCUGCCUGAAGGGUGGUGUCCUGCUGGAGGAAACUCUGUGUAGCACAGUAAGUUAAGGAUCCAUCCCAGAAGGUCAUGGGCUCCACAGCAAGGCUCCUAACCCCAAGUGCUCUAGGGGUGCUGCAUGUUCGCUGAUCCUACACUCUGACCCAAAAUCUGUGUCUCUCAAGAAAAGCAAGUUACAAAUAAGGCCUCUUUGCAUAAACAAAAUACAUUGUCACUUGUAAAAUGGCAGUAAAAUGAGAAGGCGUUCGUAUUCUAAAGGGAUUCAAAUAAUUUACCUAUCAUAGAACUUUCCGUGUUUUUCAAUUUUUUUUUACUUAAGUGUAAUGAGAAACAGACUAGUGAUUGUAAGGAAGUAAAUGAUGCUGCUAUUUAUUUUUUAUUUUUUUACCCCCAUUUAGCUACAGGAUGGUGAUCUCCUUGUGAUUAUACCUUGGCACCAGACCAGACCUACUGGUCAUUUUUGGAAACCGGUUCUUCUGCAGGAAAGCAAAUCGAAGACAGCAGAAAACAGGAGAGUUGGCAGAACAGACACAUCUAGAAGUUUCUCCGCUGAGCCCCGGAGCAACAUCUUUGGUCUGUGGCAGGGGGGGGGGGUGGGGCAGCGUCCCUCGAGCAGCUGUACCACCGGAACUGCAGCUAUGGACGUUGCGGCGAGAACCCCUCACUCGUGCCUGGUGUCCCCGCGGCUUGUUCAACCAUGCUGUACAAUGCCCCUGCCGUCGUCUACAUCGUGCUGGAGCUGCUGAUCGCCGUGCUGUCCGUCCUGGGCAACGUGCUCGUCUGCUGGGCCGUCUGCCUCAACAGCAACCUGCAGACCAUCACCAACUUCUUCGUGGUGUCGCUGGCGGCGGCCGACAUCGCCGUGGGCGUGCUGGCCGUGCCCUUCGCCAUCGCAAUCAGCACCGGCUUCUGCGCCCACUUCUACGGCUGCCUCUUCAUCGCUUGCUUCGUGCUCGUCCUCACGCAGAGCUCCAUCUUCAGCCUGCUGGCCAUCGCCAUCGACCGCUACAUCGCCAUCAAGAUCCCUCUGCGGUAUAACAGCCUGGUGACAAGCCAGCGUGCCAAGGGCAUCAUCGCCAUCUGCUGGGCGCUUUCGGUGGUGAUCGGCCUCACACCCAUGCUGGGCUGGCACACCAAGAACCGCCCACAGAACGACACCAAGUUCGCCAACAACACCAGUGGUCCUAAGUGCCCUAGUGGCACCAUCGAGUGCCUUUUUGAGAAGGUAGUCACCAUGGACUACAUGGUCUACUUCAACUUCUUUGGCUGUGUGCUGAUGCCCCUCCUACUCAUGCUGGGCAUCUACCUGCGCAUCUUCAUGGCUGCGCGGCGGCAGCUAAAGAGGAUGGAGCUGAAGGUGGUGCAUGGGGAGCGGUCACGCUCUACCCUCCAGAAGGAGGUCCACGCAGCCAAGUCUCUCGCCAUCAUCGUGGGACUCUUCGCCAUCUGCUGGCUGCCAUUGCACGUUAUCAACUGCUUCACUCUCUUCUGCCCCGAGUGCGCCCGGCCGCAUGCCAGCAUCAUGUACCUGGCCAUCAUCCUCUCUCACGCCAACUCGGUGGUCAACCCCUUCAUCUACGCCUACCGCAUCCGAGAAUUCCGCCACACGUUCCGCCGGAUCAUCCGCCGCCAUGUCCUGGGGCGCCGGGAUCAUUUUGAGAGCAGCUCCUGCAGCACCACCCGGCCCGGCAGCACCCGUGCCACCACCCUCACUGCCCCCCCUGAGUCCUGCCCUGCCAAGACCAAUGGCUUUACCCUGGAUGGCUAUGCUGACCAUGGCACCUUUGGAAACAACCUCGAUUCCUGCAACGGCCAUGAAGGUGCCAAAACGACUGUUGUUUCCAGUGCCGUCCCUCCUCCAUCAGACCAUGUCCCACAUGGCCCCCCGGUGGAUAUCACCCCCCCCUUACAUCUGCAGUCAGGGGCGUACUCCUCAGGACUCCCCACACAGAAUGGAGAUGAGCACCAUACCCCUGGUGGCGCAGAGGCAGAACUGAAAGCCGGCAGGGAGAUCUCCGCGGCGCCAAUCAGACCAGGGUUCUGCAGACACACAACACGCUGCCCUGAGCUCACGCAGGUGUCCUGAUGGCACUGAGAGCGGGCUGUGGCCCCUGGUGCUCCACUGACAUCUCAUGUAAUAUUUAUUGCCUUGCCUGGAGAAAAUAGAGACGCAAAAUGAGGCGGGGAGCAGGUGUGAGGAAAAUAAUAAAUGACUGGCCCCGCAGCAGAGUCACGUGUCUUGAAGGGGCCAUGGUGUCAAACGCUGCGGCCCCUCCCCCCUUAAUCCCGUGAUCUGAUUCUUACUGGCGUUUCAUAUCUUGCAGGGAUGAGGGGAGGGGUAGCCGCAUGGAGCCAAGACAGAAAGCCGUAGUUCAAGCGCUCCCAAAAAGCCUUUCUCCUCCUGGUGAUUUUGAAUGUGAAGAAGUUCUAGUUCAGGAGAUGGGUGUCCUGUAAAUAAGCCUCAUCUCUAGCUUCUCUCUCCUAUCUCUCUCUCUCUCCCCCCCCCCCCCCCCCCCCCCCCCCAGGCUGCCCAAAGUUAGGCGACACCCCUUUUUCCCUUGCCAUUGGGGGAAUAUCAAGACAAUGCCCACCAAAGUCGGCUGAAGUCUGAGGGGACUUGUCCAUCCAAGGAAUGCCCUUUGUGAUAGGCUAGCUGUCACUCUGGCUCAGCCAAUCUGCAGCCAGGUGCUGUGUACAGGGGCCUAACUUCUUUGAACAUGUUCUUGAGGGAAACACUUUUGCUGAAAGCUAUUUAUGAUGUAAAAGUCUGACCAACCAUUGAUGUAAGUGUUUGUUUUAAUGUCUUUUAUCAUGUUGUUGUCGUCGUCGUUGUUGAUGAUGUUAUUGUUACUGAUAUUAGAGCCAUUGCUCUUAUUACUUAUUGUGUGGUUCCCAGGUGUUGACAGUGAACGACCAAAAAUGAGCCCACAAAAUCAUUUAGGGUUAGCAGGUAACAAAAUGCCAGGCUCUUUCAAAUUGGGGCUGCAACACAACAAAGCAGAACAGCAAUGUACCUUUGCACUAAUCAGGUUAUAGCUGAACGCAUCCUGGAGGAAUGCUUGGGCGACAGUGACGUCAUCUAGGCUGUAGAAUGUCAGUGUGGGAUGAGUAGCUCCAGCAGCUCAAGGGCGGGUCUUAUUCAGCAUGGCUCUAUGCAAUAUUAUUGAUCCAAUCUGACACAAAUGUGGGUUUUUAUUCUCAGAUGUGAUCAGUUUAAGACAGGGAUCCCCAAUUCCGGUCCUGGGGUAUCAGUGUGCAACAGUUUGUAGAUUUCCCUGCUCAAACACAUCUACUAAACCUGGCAAUUUGCUGUGUAGCUGAUGAAGGUGCUUGAGCAGGGAAAUCUAGAAACUGUGUUGCAGACCGAGUCUCCAGGACCGGGACUGGGGAUCCCCGGUUUAAGGUCUUUUUCAUCUACCACUCAACAGGCUUGUGGUCCGUCCUUGUGCAUUCAUGUUGGACCCUGUUACCCACUAGUGCCAGCCCACUGAGAAGCCGGAGAAUUGUGUGCAUGGAUGUUUCCAGCAUUUGCUCCCAUGGCUGGUUCUCUUAUUGGUUCUCUAUAGUUGCCAGUGGUGUUUUCCUGAUCCCUUAACACUCGCUGCUUUCUCGUCUCAUUAUCGCACCUGGUUUUCCAAUCAAACUGUGUAACGGGCAGCUGGUGGCCGUCUCUGAUUUGCCUGUGAAUGUGGGAAAAGAUGGAAGUGGAUUUGGUUCCAUUUGCUUUUCAGGAAAAGUAUGACAUAGUAUUUCUCGAACUUGAGUGGGGAAAAUGCAAAAUACCUCCAUUUUCCAAAUAAAUGUUUUCUUUUGUAAUUAA